AGUGUGACAGUCAAUAAGCUGUAGGAGUUAACUUACUCCGAAAGAUGGCAGUAAUGCAACUUUCAAGGAUGCAAGCUGCCGGUAAACAACACCGAAGAAGAAGAAGAAGCCACUGAAGUCUAUGGUACGCUCCAUGUUUUCACCCGAGUACACUGUGUGUAGUUCACGUAAUUAGCAAGGCAUGGCGACUUGUGCUUCUUUUCAGGUUCAGAUGGUCUCCAUCAUGGAGGUUUUAACUAAAACGGCACUCGCAGAAAUUACUAAACUAGUCGACGACGCGUCUGCGGCAUUACGAUUGGAAAUGUGCAGAAGCCAAAGAGAGAACGAGGCGCUAAAAUGUAAGUUACUGGUUAUGGAGGGAGAGCUCAGGGCUGCGCGAGGAUGCGAAGAGGGAACGCCGGACAGUUCUCUAAACAUCGCAUUUGAAGUUAAGGUUUGCGACGAAUUCAGAGAAGAACAAAACUGUACGGUUGCAGGGAAAGUAAAUAAUGUCGCCGUAGAGAGAGUCUUUGAUGCGCGAUUGAGCACAAGUCCGGCCAAAGAUGAACAGUACGUAUCCGUGGAGAAGAUGAAGACUGUUACGGAUGCCUUGGACAUAAAGUACGAGCCUGAAGACGGGGAGCAGGAUUGGUCAGAAUCUGUGCCGCUCAGCAAGGAUCGGCUGGAAGAGGACCCAAAGACGAGCCAAUCACACGCAGAACAGAAAAUCUUUGAGGAGACUAGCUGUGGCACAUCAGAGGCAGCCGUAGCUGCUGCUAACGGUGGUGAAGGACCCCUCUGUGAGGAGAAGGAGGAGCUGCACAUGCAGCCCUGCCCUGCAGGAGACCCAGAGAAGGGGCUGCAAGCCGAACUGAAGCAGGAGCCCGACGGGGAGCCUCUCACCCCUGGACACCCCCUGCCAGGAUCUGGAGAGGGGCUGGAGGUCCAGUGCGCAUGGAGCAAGGCCACCAGAUCGGGAAAGGUUCAGGAAAUGCUCCGACAGCACGGAGGAAGCUCGGAGCCCGGAGGUGCGCGGUCAAACGACCGAUUCUCUCCUCGCCAUUACAGAGCUUCUCGGAGGCUGCGCUCUGAGAAGAACGAGGGCCCAACGUCACACCUCGAGCAGAAACAAAAUGGCCGCCCCGGCGGGGCGCCUGAUGCCAUUUCGGCAGAGAUGGCGGUCCCUCUGGGUUCUCCGGGACAGCGUGCUGGAAGCACCCUGUGCGAGGAGAGUUUCAGCACGUCGGCAGCAGCAGAGAGUUGCCAGAGAAUCGAGGGACGGGAGGAGUUCAUCUGCACGUGCUGCAGGAAGACGUUCCCGGAUGCUCUCGAGCUGCAGACGCACGAGGAGGAGCAGCACGGCACGGGGAGACGUUUCGGCUGUUCGGAGAGCGGCAAAGCUUUCGCUUGCUCCAGCGUCCUGGAAAAGCACCAGCGGAUUCACAGGAGGAAGAAACCGUUCGUUUGCGCACAUUGCGGUACGGUUGCAGGGAAACGAAAUGUCGCCGUAGAGAGAGUCUUUGACGCGCGAUUGAGCACAAGUCCGACCGAAGAUGAACAGUACGUACCCGUGGAGAAGAUGAAGACUGUUACGGAUGCCUUGGACAUAAAGUACGAGCCUGAAGACGGGGAGCAGGAUUGGUCAGAAUCUGUGCCGCUCAGCAAGGAUCGGCUGGAAGAGGACCCAAAGACGAGCCAAUCACAGGCAGAACAGAAAAUCUUUGAGGAGACUAGCUGUGGCACAUCAGAGGCAGCCGUAGCUGCUGCUAACGGUGGUGAAGGACCCCUCUGUGAGGAGAAGGAGGAGCUGCACAUGCAGCCCUGCCCUGCAGGAGACCCAGAGAAGGGGCUGCAAGCCGAACUGAAGCAGGAGCCCGACGGGGAGCCUCUCACCCCUGGACACCCCCUGCCAGGAUCUGGAGAGGGGCUGGAGGUCCAGUGCGCGUGGAGCAAGGCCACCAGAUCGGGAAAGGUUCAGGAAAUGCUCCGACAGCACGGAGGAAGCUCGGAGCCUGGAGGUGUGCGGUCAAACGACCGAUUCUCUCCUCGCCAUUACAGAGCUUCUCGGAGGCUGCGCUCUGAGAAGAACGAGGGCCCAACGUCACACCUCGAGCAGGAACAAAAUUGCCGCCCCGGCGAGGCGCCUGAUGCCAUUUCGGCAGAGAUGGCGGUCCCUCUGGGUUCUCCGGGACAGGGUGCUGGAAGCACCCUGUGCGAGGAGAGUUUCAACACGUCGGAAGAAGCAGAGAGUUGCCAGAGAAUCGAGGGACGGGAGGAGUUCAUCUGCACGUGCUGCAGGAAGACGUUCCCGGAUGCUCUCGAGCUGCAGACGCACGAGGAGGAGCAGCACGGCACGUGGAGACGUUUCGGCUGUUCGGAGAGCGGCAAAGCUUUCGCUUGCUCCAGCGUCCUGGAAAAGCACCAGCGGAUUCACAGCAAGCGCGGUAAAAGCUUCUCCCAGAUCAGCAAUCUUAAAACUCACCAGAUUACUCACAUGGGAGAGAAAUGCUUCCGCUGCACGUUGUGCAGUAAGAGCUUUGGCCGUCUCUGUGACCUUAAGUAUCAUCAGAGUUUCCACACAAGAGAGAAACCGCACAGCUGUAACGAGUGUGGGAAGAGCUUUUCCCAACUGUGCAAUCUCAAGACUCAUCAAAGGGUCCACACAGGAGAGAAACCGCACAGCUGUAACGAGUGUGGGAAGAGCUUUUCCCAACUGUCCACCCUCAAGUCUCACCAGUGUGUGCAUACAGGAGAGAAACCACACAGCUGUGACGAGUGUGGGAAGAGCUUUGCCCAUCUGUGCAAUCUCAAGACUCAUCAAAGGGUCCACACAGGAGAGAAACCGCACAGCUGUAACGAGUGUGGGAAGAGCUUUUCCCAACUGUCCACCCUCAAGUCUCACCAGAGUGUGCAUACAGGAGAGAAACCACACAGCUGUGACGAGUGUGGGAAGAGCUUUGCCCAUCUGUGCACCCUCAAGAUUCACCAGAGGGUGCACACCGGGGAGAAACCGUACGGUUGCUCGCUGUGCGGCCGUGGUUUCUCCUGGAACAGCGGCCUUCAGAGACACAUACUGUCUCACAGCGCGGAGGAGGAGCUGCACAUGCAGCCCUGCCCUGCAGGAGACCCAGAGAAGGGGCUGCAAGCCGAACUGAAGCAGGAGCCCGACGGGGAGCCUCUCACCCCUGGACACCCCCUGCCAGGAUCUGGAGAGGGGCUGGAGGUCCAGUGCGCGUGGAGCAAGGCCACCAGAUCGGGAAAGCAAGACAUGGCGACUUGUACUCCUUUUCAGGUUCAGAUGGCCUCCAUCAUGGAGGUUUUAACUAAAACGGCACUCGCAGAGAUUACUAAACUAGUCGACGACGCGUCUGCGGCAUUACGAUUGGAAAUGGUCAGAAGCCAAAGAGAGAACGAGGCGCUAAAAAAUAAGUUACUGGUUAUGGAGGGAGAGCUCAGGGCUGCGCGAGGAUGUGAAGAGGGAACGCCGAACAGUUCUCUAAACAUCGCUUUUGAAGUUAAGGUUUGCGAUGAAUUCAGAGAAGCACAAAACUGUACGGUUGCAGGGGAAGGAAAUGUCGCCGUAGAGAGAGUCUUUGACGGGCUAUUGAGCACAAGUCCGGCCGAAGAUGAACAGUACGUACCCGUGGAGAAGAUGAAGACUGUUACGGAUGCCAUGGACAUAAAGUACGAGCCUGAAGACGGGGAGCAGGAUUGGUCAGAAUCUGUGCCGCUCAGCAAGGAUCGGCUGGAAGAGGACCCAAAGACGAGCCAAUCACAGGCAGAACAGAAAAUCUUUGAGGAGACUAGCUGUGGCACAUCAGAGGCAGCCGUAGCUGCUGCUAACGGUGGUGAAGGACCCCUCUGUGAGGAGAAGGAGGAGCUGCACAUGCAGCCCUGCCCUGCAGGAGACCCAGAGAAGGGGCUGCAAGCCGAACUGAAGCAGGAGCCCGACGGGGAGCCUCUCACCCCUGGACACCCCCUGCCAGGAUCUGGAGAGGGGCUGGAGGUCCAGUGCGCGUGGAGCAAGGCCACCAGAUCGGGAAAGGUUCAGGAAAUGCUCCGACAGCACGGAGGAAGCUCGGAGCCUGGAGGUGCGCGGUCAAACGACCGAUUCUCUCCUCGCCAUUACAGAGCUUCUCGGAGGCUGCGCUCUGAGAAGAACGAGGGCCCAACGUCACACCUCGAGCAGAAACAAAAUGGCCACCCCGGCGAGGCGCCUGAUGCCAUUUCGGCAGAGAUGGCGGUCCCUCUGGGUUCUCCGGGACAGCGUGCUGGAAGCACCCUGUGCGAGGAGAGUUUCAACACGUCGGCAGAAGCAGAGAGUCGCUGGGGAAUCGAGGGACGGGAGGAGUUCAUAUGCACGUGCUGCAGGAAGACGUUCCCGGAUGCUCUCGAGCUGCAGACGCACGAGGAGGAGCAGCACGGCACGGGGAAACGUUUCGGCUGUUCGGAGAGCGGCAAAGCUUUCGCUUGCUCCAGCGUCCUGGAAAAGCACCAGCGGAUUCACAGCAAGCGCGGUAAAAGCUUCUCCCAGAUCAGCAAUCUUAAAACUCACCAGAUUACUCACACCGGAGAGAAAUACUUCCGCUGCACGGUGUGCAGUAAGAGCUUUGCCCAUCUCUAUGAUCUUAAGCAUCAUCAGAGUGUCCACACAGGAAAGAAACCACACAGCUGUGACGAGUGUGGGAAGACCUUUGCCAAACUGAGCAGACUGAAGACUCACCAAAGGGUCCACUCAGGAGAGAAACCGUACAGCUGUAACGAGUGUGAGAAGAGCUUUGCCCAACAGUCCACCCUCAAGGCUCACCAGAGGUUGCACACAGGAGAGAAACCGUACAGCUGUAACAAGUGUGGGAAGAGCUUUGCCUAUCUGUCCAACCUCAAGUCUCACCAGAGUGUGCACACAGGAGAGAAACCACACAGCUGUGACGAGUGUGGGAAGAGCUUUGCCCAUCUGCACACCCUCAAGACUCACCAGAGUGUGCACACAGGAGAGAAACCACACAGCUGUGACGAGUGUGGGAAGAGCUUUGCCCAACUGUCCACCCUCAAGACUCACCAAAUGGUCCACACCGGGGAGAAACCGUACGGUUGCUCGCUGUGCGGCCGCAGUUUCUCCCGGAACCGCGGUCUUCAGAGACACAUACUUUCUCACAGCGCGGUGUAAAAAAUUAGGGGAACUUUGAGCGAAAAUCAAAGAUCUUAACCUCUCCUCCUCGGCGAGCAAGUUCCACUUUAUGUGCCGCAGAGCAGGACACAUGGACCCCAUUUUACACAGAGCUCACUUAGUCUGGCCUUCUCAGCUCAGGGAAUCGUAGAACCACAUACCUGCUCUGAGAAGGCAGUUGAACACACUCCUCCAUAAUCAGACACACCUGUGAGGCAAUUUGUCCCAAAAAGUAUUAUAGAGCUCAUUGUAUUUUGAGGAAUAAUAUUUGGCAUUUAUUAUUGUAUAACUGUUGACCUUUUUUUUUAAAAAAAAAAAAAAUUCUGUUACCAAUGACCAUCAAUAAAUGGGAUCUGGAUUUUAUGUUUUAGUAAAACUGGCAUGCAAGCAUCACCCUCCCCAGUGAGCCAGAACUGGCAGCUUGGGCUCUGCUAUAGUACAGACUGGCCCCCGCAGCUUGCAGUACAUUUCCAGGAAGCAAAACCCAAUACUACAGUUCUGACCUGUGAGUGACCUGUCAAUCAAAGCCCACACUUGGGCUCAAUCAAAGGGAGAAUUGAACGACCAACAAUAUUGUUUGCUUUCAUUGGAAAUAAGCUUGUUUUGGUAGACAUUACCUGGUUUUAUUAAUAAAGAAAUGUGGAUGAGGACUAAAUGCCAAACGUGUUGGUUUCCAGUGGAUUCCAGUAUAAUGACGCAUGACAUGUUAACUUUUCUUUUGACUGAGAUCUUCCUUGUCCAUUUUCUUUGUCUUUGUAACUGAAUGCAGCGAAAAUAUAUUUCAGUUAUUGUCAGUUUAUUGCGUGUACGGAGUGAUUUUAAACAAAAUGAAAAGUCUUUGCAUUUGGAUAAGAAAUAAAACGUGUUUUUUCAUAACGAU